UCUUACCAUAUAAUAAUUGCAGACGGAUUCAUAUAAACAAACGGGGUGCUGCAAUUUGCUAUGCUCAGCUUUUGUUCAAACUAGCAGCAAACAUGUAAUUAAAAAAUUCAUAUAACUGGAGCAAACAUGAUCAAUUAAAAAAUUCAUAUAAUGCGCCCCACACUUACAAAACAAAACAUGAAUUUCAGCUCUCCAAUUAUUUUCCUCUUCUUACAUUUUCUUCUCCUUGUUUCUUUGGUAUGUCCUGUUUAUUCUUCAAAAAUUAGUAGCUAUCAAUUGGUCAAUCAAACUUUUCUACAAGAGCAAAAGUUUCACAAGUUGAAGAAGGCAAUAGCAACCCGUCUUCAACAAAUCAACAAGCCUGCUGUCAAGACGAUUCAGAGUCCUGAUGGUGAUAUCAUAGAUUGUGUUAUGUUUCACAAUCAACCGGCUUUUGACAAUCCCUUAUUGAAAGAAGAAUAUAAACAAAUGGAUAUUCCAGAAAUACCAAAAGGGCAUUACCAAGAUGAUAAUUUUAAUCACAGUUCUCAAUUAUGGCGUUUAUCAGGAGAAUCAUGUCCUGAUGGAACCAUUCCAAUUAGAAGAACAAAAGAAGAAGAUUUGUUAAGAGCUAGUUCUAUUAGUGAAUUUGGAAAAAAAACAAGUGAUUUUGAAACCAACGACGAAAAAUUUGAGUAUGCAGUACAAUAUGUGAGUGCUGGUGAGUUCUUUGGAGCAACGGCUGCCAUUAAUCUGUGGGCUCCACGUCUGGAAACUAAAAAUGAAGUAAGUGCCUCUAAAAUUUGGGUCGCUGCUGGUGAUGCUGGUCAAGAGAGCAACACCAUUGAAGUUGGUUGGCAGGUGGAGCCUUUACUCUACGGGGACAACCUCCCAAGAUUAUCUAUGUAUUGGACAAAUGAUGGAUAUGGAAAGACUGGAUGCUACAAUUUAUUAUGUUCGGGCUUCGUUCAAACUAACAAAGAUAUUGUAAUAGGAGGAGCAAUUGGUCCAACUUCUACUUAUAAAGGACCACAAUUUGGCAUUAUUUUGAAGAUUUGGAAGGAUCCAACAACUAGGAAUUGGUGGCUUACUUAUGAUUAUGGAACCCUUGUUGGGUAUUGGCCAUCCUCCUUGUUUACUCACUUAUACUAUCUUGCGGAUGAAAUUCAAUUUGGAGGAAUAAUAUCUAAUAGAAGGUCAACAGGGUCUCACACUUCGACCAGAAUGGGUAGUGGACAUUUUCCUUAUGAAGGUUUUGCAAAAGCUGCAUUCUUUAGGGAUAUACAAGUUUUAGAUUUAAAUAACACCUUAGUUCCAUUGUCUGAUCCUAAGACCUUAAUAUCGUUCCCAAAUUGUUAUGAUUUAGAAGCAGGUAUGUAUAAAGGCCGAAAUAGCUUUUACUAUGGUGGACCUGGCAAGAAUUACAAAUGUCUUUAAUGAAACAUAUAAUAUUAAGUAGAGAUUAUAAAGGUAUUAUAAAGGUGAACAUUAAUUUGAAAAUAAAAAGAAAAAAUACCUUUUUGGCA